UGGACUACUGGGAACCGGUUCACGAUUCCCAUCACUAGUUUUCAGUAGUGAUCCUGAUGGCUGUACGCGUACAUCCACACCAGCAGGUGGCUGUAAUGCAGCAGUUCGUUGCUGAAGUCUCCAUUUAAAAAGUUUUCUUAUGGCAACUAAGACCGGAAGUGGGCUCACCAUGCCGGUGUGCUCGCGCAGUUCGGCAUGGGUGCUCGCUACAUUCAGGAGGAGUCUGUUCGCGCUGUCGGUCGGAAAGGCAGCGCUUAGCCGGCCAGGAAGUCCGCUGUUAGCACCAGCCGCAGGUCAGGCAUCAACAAGAGGCAGCAUGUCAGCCACGGGCAUGUCCCAGAGAAUGGUGUGGGUGGACCUGGAGAUGACAGGACUGGACGUUGAAAAGGACCAAAUCAUUGAAAUGGCCUGCCUUAUUACGGACUCUGACCUGAACAUCCUGGCUGAGGGGCCAAACUUGAUCAUUAAGCAGCCCGACGAGCUACUGGAAGGGAUGUCAGAGUGGUGUAAAGAGCAUCACGGAAAGUCAGGACUGACCCAGGCUGUACGGGACAGUAAAAUCACCCUGGAACAAGCAGAGUAUGAGUUCCUGUCCUUCGUCAGACAACACACACCACCUGGACAAUGUCCCCUCGCUGGUAACUCUGUGCAUGCAGAUAAGAGGUUCCUGGACAAGUAUAUGCCACAGUUCAUGUACCACCUUCACUACAGAAUCAUCGACGUGAGCACCAUCAAGGAGCUUAGCAGACGCUGGUUUCCAGAAGAAUACAAAAUGGUGCCUCACAAGAAAGCAACACACAGAGCGUUGGAGGACAUCCGGGAGAGCAUCAAGGAGCUGCAGUACUACAGAGCCAACAUCUUCAAAGCGUCAGAGAAGAAUCGCACGAUUGUUGAAAACGGAGGCAGCAGUAUGAGUUAGCACAUAGAAUGAGAAUAUAGUCUUCAGUGUUAUUAUCAUAUCGCCAUCGGUUUUCAUUUGUGCAUUUGCGAAUGCCCAAUAAUCCUUUGUUAGAAUAUUGUUAGUGGUAAAUUUAGAGGUUUCAUUGAAAGAAGCAAGCAGCAGUUGUUUUUUUGUUUUUCUUUUUAGGAGAAAUCCUUUUUCCAAGUUCAUGAUAGUGAUCUUUGGUAGAUUGGAUUUUUGUGUUGAUUGAGACAGUGUCUGAUCCAAUUUUCAAUUGUUCUUGUUUUGAAAGUGAAACCAAAUAAAUCUGGUUGUCCCUGUGGAAAAA